AUUAUUAUUUUUCUCUCUUUGUUAUUUUAUUUCCCUUUUGUAGAAAACAAAAAUAUAAUAAAAACCCACUACUGUUGUCUGACAUAGACUUGUAUCCUGCCGCGGCCUUAUCUGUAGAUCAAGGAAACAGAGCACUUCUCCAUACGCGUUGAGAGAGAGAGAGAGAGAGCUUAAACUAAUCUCUCAACUCCAAAUCCUCAUCUGGGUCCUUCUCUUUUACCCUGUACUUCAAAUCCUUCGUUGAUAUUUUCUUCUUAUCUUCUGCCACUUUCCUCACUUCCACAAAGUUUUAUUCACUACUCUGUUUUGCUGGCAGAGCUUGUUGGGUAGGGGUUGGGAGCUUUCUUGUUUCUUCUUUGUUUUAAUAAUUCCCAUUUUUUUAUUUCUUAUUCUGUUGGUGACUGACUCUAAAACAUGUGGGGUUUUAUUCUUUGCCUCCUAAACAAAGGCAAAUGUUGAUCUUUCUGGAUCUGCAGGCGUGAUUUUGGGGUACAAUACGGGGCAUAUCUAUUUAAAGUUUUUAUCCCCCUUCCCCAUUUCUUUAAAUUGACUGAGCCUUGUAGUUUACUUCAAAUUCUAAACACUUUGUACAGAAGGCGUUUUCUUUGGUUUUUCAAGUCAAUAGAUGGUACUUCAUUAGCUGAUAACACAGUGUUGAGUCCGAAAUGGGAUCUAAUAAUGCGUUUUAUUCUGGUGAAUUCAAUUUGGAUGAUAAGUGGCUGGUUGAUCCUAAGCUUCUUUUUGUUGGACCAAAGAUUGGAGAAGGUGCUCAUGCCAAAGUUUAUGAGGGAAAGUAUAAGAAUCAAAAUGUUGCUAUUAAAGUUGUUCAUAGAGGAGAAACCCCAGAAGAGAUUGCCAAGAGAGAAGCAAGGUUUGCGAGAGAGGUUGCAAUGUUAUCUAGAGUUCAACACAAAAAUCUAGUCAAGUUUAUUGGGGCUUGCAAGGAACCUGUAAUGGUGAUAGUAACCGAGCUUCUUUUAGGUGGGACAUUGCGUAAAUACCUGUUGAACUUGCGACCAAGAUGCUUGGAGAUGCAUGUAGCAAUUGGGUUUGCACUUGACAUUGCUCGUGCAAUGGAAUGCAUACACGCACACGGAAUCAUUCAUCGUGACCUUAAACCUGAGAACUUGAUAUUGACUGCCGACCAUAAAACAGUUAAACUUGCAGAUUUUGGUUUAGCUAGAGAAGAGUCAUUAACAGAGAUGAUGACUGCUGAAACUGGGACAUAUCGUUGGAUGGCUCCAGAGCUUUACAGCACUGUCACAUUAAGGCAUGGCGAGAAAAAGCAUUACAAUCACAAGGUUGAUGCUUAUAGCUUUGCGAUUGUCUUGUGGGAACUCAUCCACAAUAAAUUGCCAUUUGAAGGCAUGUCAAAUCUACAGGCAGCAUAUGCAGCAGCUUUUAAGAAUGUAAGACCCAGUGCGGAGAAUCUCCCAGAGGAUUUAGCAAUGAUCGUGACCUCAUGUUGGCAAGAGGAUCCAAAUGCUCGACCCAAUUUCGGCCAGAUUAUACAGAUGCUCCUGCACUAUCUUUCCACCGUUUCACCACAAGAACCUGUCAUCCCUGCUCGGAUAUUCACUUCAGAGAAUGCUGUACUGCCACCAGAGUCUCCUGGCACAAGUUCUUUAAUGGCUGUUAGAGAUGACUCAGGGGAAACCCCAGAAGCACAGAUGGAAGACAAACCAAGAAGUUUCUUUUCCUGCUUUAACCAGUGUUACUGAUCCCUCCAAAGGCACAAAGUCGUCUGUGGAGGUACUUUAGGCAAGCUCAAUAAGCAAUAGUCUCAAAAUAUUAGGAAAUACAUCUUGAUAAGAAAAAUGUCAAUCUAGUUAGUUCAGUUGCAACAGGAAAGACCAGACCUAGUAUCUGAUGUCUCCGUUAACUUUCCAUACUCCUUUUACAUGAAUAUCAGUUUGUUCUGACUAAGUUCACCUGGACACUGGAGGUAGGUUUUGCUGUGAUGUAUCAUCAUUAUUGUAAAAUAAGGUCCAUCCAGAGGCCUUUACUCCUGUUGAUAAUGAAUCUAAAUGAGUUUUGUAAGAA